AUGGACGGCACCGGGGGCAUGGACUUCUACGACGUCAGCCUUGUCGACGGGUUCAACCUCCCGGUGCUGGUGGCGCCGCAAGGCGCGGACGCAGGCGGCAACUGCGCGCCGGCGGGGUGCGUGGUGGACCUGAACGGCGGGUGCCCGGCCGAGCUGCGCGUGAAGUCCAAGGCCGCCGGCGCCGGCGUCGUGGCGUGCAAGAGCGCGUGCCAGGCGUUCGGGUCGCCGCUGCACCGGCGAGUGCGGGAAUCUCGAUAA